CGGGACAGAACCGGGAUGGAGCGGGAAGAACCGGGAUGGAGCAGGAAGAACAGGGAUGGAGCGGGACAGAACCGGGAUGGGGGAGAAAAGCCAGGACAGGGGGAGAGGAGCUCAGAGCGAGCGGGACGAGCCGGGAGGGGGACGGAAAAGCUCCGGAUCAGGAAGGCAGAGCUGGAACGGGGCGGGACGAUCCAGGACAGAGCGGGAGGAGCCGGGGCCGGGCGGGACGAGCCAGGAUCGAGGAGGAGGGGCCGGGAUCGAGGAGGAGGAGCCGGGAUCGAGGAGGAGGAGCCGGGAUCGAGGAGGAGGAGCCGGGAUCGAGGAGGAGGAGCCGGCACCGGGCGCAGGCGCCGCACCGGCAUCCGCUGCUCGGCCGGGCCUGGCGGCUCCCUGCUGCUCUCCAUGGACGGUGUUUUCCUGUCGCCCAGCGAGGAUGAGUUCGUGGGCAGGAUCGUGGAGGAGCUGGAGCAGUUCCUGCUGCAGGGGCAGCACCAGCGGGUGCUCCUGUUCCCGCCCCUGCCCAGCCGCCUCAGGUACCUGAUCCAUCGCACCGUGGAAAACAUGGAAUUGUUGAGCAGCUUCUCGGUGGGAGAGGGCUGGAGGAGGAGGACAGUCAUUUGUCACUCGGCUGUCAGGCUCCCCAAUGAGACCACGAGCGACCAAAAACCCGGGGCCAACCCUCGGCUGCAGCGGCCGGCGCAGCCCUGGGGCCGGGGGGGUCGUGGUGCCCGGCCACGCCACCCUGGGGACACCCACGGUGACAAUUCCCGCGCUGCCGUGGGCUCAGGCAGGAUCACCAGGCCGCCCAGGAGGAAGCCAGACAAAGCCCUGUACGUGCCCAAAGGGAGCCGGAAAAAGGCGAAUUGGAGGGAGCGGGAGAGCCCCGGGGCGGAGCAGGAUGGGGACGCCGCUCCAGGAGGUGAAAACUGCCCCAAAAAUUCUGUUGGGGAUGCUCGGCAGGAGGCGGGCAAGGAUGGAGGCAGCCCCGGGAAGCAGCAGGAGCCUGAGGAGGAGAACGUUCCAGAAAAAGGUGGCGCCGAGCAUCCUCUGUGUGAGGAAGAGGAGGCAUCCCUAGGGAAUAGCAAGGAUUCCUGCGAGCAGGAAUGUCAGGAUAAAGACUGUUCCCAUUCCCCGUCUUCUGGACACAACAAACGCCCACCCGAAGAGGGAGAGCCAGGCCGUGCCAACGCAGUCAUUCCAGAAGGCAGCGAAUUCCAAGAGGAGAACCCUCAGAGCUGCGAUUCCGGAGGGUCAGAGCAUGGGAAAGGCUCGUUCCCUUUGGAAAACCACGGUGGCAGCCAGACAGAGCUGGCUGUGGCAGAGUCCCCGCUGCUGGAGAUCCAGAGCCUGGAGAGCGGCAGGAAGGAAUCCCCCGCUGGAGACCGGGAUUCCAGGAACACCAAGGAGGGAGGCCGGAGCUUUUCCACGCUGGAGAGCCCUGGCACUGCCCUGGGGGAGCAGAAACCUCUCCAGAAUGUUCCAGAACUUCCAGCGUUCCAGAACGUUGUGGGAGGCCCAGGUGAAGCUCCGGCUGCUCCCGAGCCGCUCCGUGGCAGCGAUGCCGGCGCUCUGGCGCGGAUCCGAGGCAGGAUGGAGGAGGAGGAGGAGGAGGACAAGGAGCGCUCGGAUGUGGCCGAGGCGCUGUGGAAGGGCCUGGAUUUGGCUGCAGGGGACACAGAGGGGACGAGGCAGAGCGGCCUCGAGGACGACUGCACAGCAGAGCUCCUGGCAGAGAUUGUUGGGAAUUUGACGGUGAAGGACAUCAGCAUCGAGAGGAUCAGCGUGGAUUAUUGUGGCUACGGAGAGGCCCAGGUCUGCGAGGGGGACUUGGGCCACGUCACCGAGAUCUACGACUUCCCCUCAUCCCUGAGAACCGAGGAUCUGAUGGGAAUAUUCUCCGAUUUCCAUGAGAGCGGCUUCAAAAUCCAGUGGGUGGAUGAUACCCACGCCCUGGGAAUCUUUUCCAGCUUCUCCACAGCAUCCCAAGCCCUGGGCCGCCGUUAUCCCUGCCUGAAGAUCCGGCCCCUGAUCCACGCCACCAAACAAUCCAAGAUCAAGGCCCUGCAGAGACCAAAACUUCUCCAUCUGGGAAAAGAGAGGCCACAGACGGACACGGCCGUGGCCAGGAGACUCGUGUCCCACGCCUUGGGCUGGAAGCAGAGGCAGCAGGAAGCCACUGGGACUGAAGUUUUCCAACCAGAAUCUUUGGAUCAGGAGGAAUAAUCAAAAAAAAAACCCAAAAAAGGCUGUAAAGAUGAGCAUGGCUGUGCUAUUAAAUGCAUGCAGAGCAGGCAGUGCCAUGGGGCUCUUCCUUUAUGGAUUGGCACCGGCUUGGAAAAGUUGGGAAUGGGAAAGGUUUCUUGUUCAGGAAUGAGGUGGUUUAUUUAUUCCUUAUUCCUGCUCUGUUUUCAAAAAAAAAAAAACCCAAAAAACAAAAAAACACCAAAAAACAAACAAACAAAA